UGCACCAGCUCUGUACCUGGCCUGCCUAAAGAGUGCUUGGGGACCCCAGACCAGUCUCUCGCUUGCACCUUACAGACUGCUUGGCCUCUGAUCCUGGACUGCUCUGACCCUGACUCUUGCCUGACUCCCUUGGUGUUCAGGUAGACUCCGGACUCUGGCUUCAGACUGACCCUGGAUACGCCCUUGCGCUGGGGAAUCUCUCGCCACCUUAAGGAGACCGUAAGGGCUGCCAAAAAGGGCCUGCGAGGAGGGAGGCAUCAAGCGAUCCAGUUGUGCCAGAUGCAGAGAUGAGGCAGAAUCACCUGCCACACAGAGAAGACGCAUCACCAGGGCAGCAACCCAGGCAGAGACACAACAGGCAACCUCCCGUGAGAGCCAGGGGAAGAUUUUGCUGCACCUCUGCCUUGAGGUUGCCUGGAUCACCUGCUCUGGGGGCCCCCCUGCAAAAUCAUUGAGCCAGAAAAAGGAGAGGAGGGGGUUAGGAGAAUGAGAUUCCCCAAGCUGCCGUCUUCGCAAGACAGGGUUUCCACUGACGCCUAGAUGACGCAGAAGAGGUGGACCAUCCACAGCACCUUUGUUGCCCCUUCAGCCUCUGUGGAUCAGACGGAAUUUGGGGGGCUGAUUGCAGGAUUGGGCUGUGGCUUCAGUUCAGGGUGGCGCGCAGCAACACAGCGGCUGCGUAGAGUGUGGGGCCUUUCACUGCAGGAUGACGGCUGACCUCUAAGGCAAUAUUGUGCAUGGGAUUAUUCAUAUUCAUAUUGUUUUUGUACGUACAUUUUUGCCGUGAGGCCGAGAAGGACUGAGUUUCCUCCACCACGAGAAAACCCCAACAACGGCCACUUUGUUUACGGGUUGUUGGACCUCUGCACUGUCCUGCCUUGAUUGCAGAGUGCUGUGCAGCCGCGGCUGAGACGCCACGACCCUCAAAAGCCGCCUUAAGCCCCCUCCCCCCAGCUGGGGCAGAAGGCCCCCCAACCAGCGUCCCCCACGGCGUUGCCCCCGACUGAACGUUGCCCCACGGCUCCUCCACCUCCCGUGCAGGACGUAGGCUCCUCCCCUUCAGGGCGCUGCUCCGCCUCCCGCGCGCUGCCUGCUCCUGCCAGGCCGCCGCCCCCUGCAGGCAGGGCCAUGAAGCUGCAGGCAGUGAUGGAGAACUUGCAACGGCAGCAGCGAGCACGCCUGCAGCAAGAGAUGGAGUCCCGGCAGCAGCAGCAGCAGCACCAGCCCCAGGCCGCCCCGCCGCCCCACCAGACUGCUGCGCUGCCGGCCUCCAUGGCCGCAGCGCUGUCCCACAGCCAGGAGCCUCCCUCCGCCGAGGAGGUAGGGGAGCCUGAGAGCGCCCGGAUCCAGAGGGCACAGAUGGCAGCGCUGGCAGCCAUGCGGGCGGCGGCGGCUGGCCUCAGCCAAGCAUCCACCCCUGUUGCGUCGGAGGCGAGCCAGUCCUCUGAGGAAGAGGAGGAGGAGGAGGAGGAGGAGGAAGGCGGCUGCAUGUUCCAACGGGAGGCAGGCUUAGAAGAAGAGGAGAUGAAGGGCAAAUGGGGCGAUGAGGAAUACGAAGAGGACCUGGGCGAGGAGGAAGAUUAUGACGAAAUGGCGGAGGAGGGUCUUGGCUCCGGGGAGGUGGCCCACUCGAGCCCCGGCCCCCCGCUUCUCUGCAAGCAGCAGCCCCCCCAGCAGUACAGGGGGGAGCCGUCCCGGCUGCCGGCAGGCCCCGAGCGGCUGUCUUCCUCGGUGUCCCACCUCCCGCAGAUGCAGCCCCCGCCCCUGGACCACGGAGACUGGACAUACGAGGAACAGUUCAAGCAGUUGUACGAACUUGAUGGAGACCCCAAAAGGAAGGAAUUCCUGGAUGAUCUCUUCAGUUUCAUGCAGAAGCGAGGGACCCCCGUCAACCGCAUCCCCAUUAUGGCGAAGCAAGUCCUGGAUCUCUACAUGCUGUACGUCCUGGUGACCGAGAAGGGUGGCCUGGUGGAGGUGAUCAACAAGAAGCUCUGGAGGGAGAUCACGAAGGGUUUGAACCUGCCCACCUCCAUCACCAGCGCUGCCUUCACGCUGCGCACACAGUACAUGAAGUACUUAUACCCGUACGAGUGCGAGAAGCGGGGGCUGAGCAACCCCAAUGAGCUCCAGGCCGCCAUCGACAGCAACCGCCGGGAAGGUCGCCGGCAAGGGUUCAGCGGCUCCAUCUUCACCUAUUCGCCCAGCGGCACCCACGGGAUCCUCUCAUCCCCCAAGCUCCAGGUCCCGCCCUUGGGACUAGCGUCGGCCACUAACGGUAGCUCCAUGAUCCCUCUUCCGAAAAUCAAGAAAGAGGAAGACUCUGCGGUCCCCAUCGCCGUGCCCAGCCGCCUGCCCGCCUCGCUGGCGGGCCACCCGGUCAUCACGGCUCAGGCUGUGCAAGCCGCAGCCGCCGCCCAGGCUGCGGCCCUUGAGCAGCUGCGGGAGAAGCUGGAGUCCGGGGAGCCGGCGGAGAAGAAGAUGGCGCUCGUGACGGACGAGCAGCAGCGCCUCAUGCAGAGGGCCAUCCAGCAGAACCUGCUUGCCAUGACCGCCCAGCUGCCCAUGAGCAUCCGGAUCAACAGCCAAGGGACGCACUCGCCAGAGAACCGCCAAGACGCUGCCACAAACCUGGCCACGAACGGCACAAACAGCAUAAGCAUGUCGGUUGAGAUCAACGGCAUCGUAUACACAGGGGUGUUGUUUGCGCAAACUCCAGGACCGUCGUCCUCUCUGAACAAAGGCAAUGCCAACAGCGGGCGAAGCAGCAGUGGCACCGGCGGUGGGGCUGGUGGGAGCGCACCAGCGGGCGGGGCGCCAUCAGGCCUGCAAGCUGGUUUGCCCAGUGCCCCAACUUCUACCUCAACCAACUCUGCGUCGCCUUAAAAAAAAGAAAACGACCCCAAGCCCACAUACUUCUCUUUAUCCCGCCAAAAUGAAAGUCCAGUUUGGGCAAUAUACAGGGAUAUGACGGCCUGGUUUGGACGGAUAGCAUCCUUUUUGCCUGGUCCCCUGUCCAGGGUGGUGGUGGUGGGGAGUUAAAUUGCACCUUCCCCACCUCCAACACCUGCAGGCAUCUAUGUUUGGGCAACGCAUUUGAACAAGGAUUUCCUGUUUUUUGGGGGAGGGGGAGGCAGAGAAUCAACUUCUAUAUUUUGUGCAUGUAUGGACUUGCCCAAAUGCGGGACCCACUUGUGGACAUUUGGGGUGUGGGGCAAGGGGUCUAGGAAGGUGCAAUCUUCUCUUCCCUUUCCCCACCCCCAAAUCUCUCCCUCCAUCAUUGCAUGCAGGGAGCAGUUUGAGGGAUGGCACCAUCCCAACCAGGAUCACGAGAGACAAUCGACCCAGAUUGCUUCUGUAACAGCUUGACACCAAAAUAUUGAACCAAACUUGACUCUCGCGCUUUCUGGCAAAGUGGGGAAAAGGGAGUUACCUGGGGCUAAAGUUCUCCGCACUCUGCCCCUUCCCUUCUCCCCCUGGCCACCCCCCUCCCUCCCUCCCUCCGCAAAUAUGCAAAAGGAGAACACCACAGAAAAGCUUUUAAACGGGGCGGGGUGGGUGGGUAGGGGUGGAGGUGUCGUUGAACUCUGAGCCAGAUGAAAACACUGUGCAGUUUAGGUUUUUGACGUAAUGCAUUGUAGACUUCUAACUCCUUACCUCAUGUGAAUUCACACUUUGCACUGUGUGUCUUUUUAUUUUUACUUUUAAUAAUAAUAAUUGUUUUUGGAUGCCUCCAGAUGGGCAGCGUUGGGAUGUGGGGCGGUACAGGCGUGCACUGGAAUGAAAUCCUUUCUUUUUAAAAAACCAAACAAUGGCAUUUAUGAAAUGGGGGGAAGCGGACGGGGGGAACUUUCUUUGUUUUAAACCGCUCUCAAAGUAUAUAAGGACUAUUCAGGGGGUUGUAAAUAUAAACUUCUUUUGUUAUUAUUGUUCUCAAAAGGCAACCAAAAAGGGAAAAAAACCAACCCCAGAUCUAUAAAGCAAAUCCUAUAAAACUUGCAUUUUAUGUCUGGGGGCUGCGAGGAAACCCUCUAAAAUAUGUCGCUUGCGUGUGUGUGUUUUGGAUAAUGUAUUUGGGGGAUGCCUUUUCUCUCCCUGCUCCCCAAAUCUUCUGAGGAAACUGGUGGGGCUUUUGGGGGGGGAGGGGGUGUUUGUCUCUGAUUAAUGAGCUCAGGUGGUUUUUAUAGGGGGGGAACGGACAAGCAGCAGCGUUAACAUUUCAAAGGAUGAUAUUUUUGUACGGAGUUCUCCCCCCCUCCCGUGCCUUGGGGGCAUUGCAUGCAUGGGGUGGAAGGACUGAGGAUCCUAAAGGGCAGCGUGCAGCCUUGAACCCUUUGCACCCCCGGAACACAAUCAUUUCUCUUUUGCAAUGACGCAAAGCCACCGCACGCACUGUGAACAUGACUAGUCCUGUUGCUGAAAAUAAUUUUAAAACAGCAGCGUUGACCUGUGGUUUGGUCUCUGCAAAAAGGCAACGGGGCAUUCUGUAUUCUGUGCGGGUAGAUUGCAGGACCCCUUGGCUGCUCUGCCGAGCUACAAUUUCUAGGUCACCUGGUGGGGGAGUGCUGCCUCUGAACAGUUUGAAAAUCUUUUUGUUUCUUGCAUUCAAACAUAAUUCUAGGUGUGAAGAAGAGUGGGCGAGCAUGUGUGGUCUUGCAACAGGAUUUUGGAAACGUUUUGGAGACUUCUUGCUGAGGUGAUGUUUGUGUUUUUGCGCCUCCCCGCUCCUUCCACUUUGGAGUGACUGUGCCCUCCAAAUCCACAUGUAAUUUUAUUUGAACGGGACACAUCGGUGACCCUCCAGAUGUUGCUGGACUCCCACUGACCAUUAUUGCUCCUGACUUUGGGGCUUCUGGGAGUUGGGAGUCCCGACAACAUCCAGAGGGCCACAGGUUCCCUGGCCCCGAUUCCCAGGAAUCGGAGUGUUUGGGUUGGACAUCUUCUAGCUUCUCUAGAAUUGGGAGGGAGGCUCCUCUGCUUUCGCAGUUGCCGUAAGGGGCUGUCAAAAUCCUUAUGGGUCUCUGCUAGCAUCCAGGGAGUUCUCUUCAUUUGCACCAGGAAGAUAUUGUGGUUUUGCCUUGGGGUGACAUCUACCUCAACUACCCCUUUCCCCCCCUAGUUCUCACUGGCAGGCAGGAGGCAACAACACGUGUAAGACCAUCAAUAUGGCUGAGGUUUCUUGAAUUGGUUAUUUCAGGAAUUUUUUUUUCUUACAGGGACAGAAUCUCUCCCCCCCCCCAGAAUGCUUUCUAGAAAAGCAGCUUUCCUGGGGAGGGCUAUGAAGGGCUGGUGAAACUCCCAAACAGCAGCAAAGUCAGCCCCAGUCGCAAGAGAUUUGUGCUGCUUUCUCCUAUGGGCUGGUUUUAAUUUCUCACUUGGGAGUGUGUGCUUGACUUAAGGGGGCUGUAGGAAUUUUUACGGGCCCCACAGCAGAUGGAUAUAUUUUCUUUCCUCCCUCUCUGUAUCCCCACCCCCAUCUCUUGCAUUGGUUGGAUAUGGGAUAGUCAACGUGGUGCUCUCCAGAUGUUUGGGACAACAAAACAUCUGGAGGGCACCACAGUUGGCAAAGGUUGAGCUAGACAUCAGUGCUUUUGCUUCCUUGCUUGGGUUCCUGGUCACCCCCACCACCCUGGGACUGUGUUUCACGUGGGAUUCUCAUGUGAGAUCUCAGGUUCAUUUGCACACCUGUCUGCAUAAGAUUCAUGCAGAACUUCACCCCUUCCGCCUCCCUCCCCACCUCCCACCCCAAAAAAGCAAAAUGGUACCUGUCCUGAGCCUGACUGGUUGGCAAUUCCAAGCAGAGGCGAAUGUGAGGGGCAUGUGUUGGGCCUUGCACCAGGCAUAACCGAGCCACACUUUAGUAGCCACGUUGGCGCACCCCGUUGGGUAGCAGAGUCGGUGGCUGCCACCAAUUUGUAACGUGGUAGGUUUUAAUUUUCUGGGUUCUGGGGAGGGCUUGAGGAUAUUGUGUAGGAAGGAAUGGCAGAGAAAGAGGGGGAGAGGGCCAGACGCGUAAAGGGCUGCAUACGUGCCACACGUGGGCUCCCCCACAGAAAAAAGGGAUCAUGGGAACUAGCUCUGGGAGGGAUAACCAACGGUUCCCAGGAUUCUUUGGGGGAAAGCCAUGUGAUUUAAAUGUGGCUCAGCUAUGAGGAGAGGGCAGGAUUGCUGGGUCUAACCCUCUUUAGCUGUGAAAAGCCUCAAGAGCUAACACUCCCCCCCCUUCUUAAACAGAGACAGAGGGUGGGCAGGCGCGGGCUAGCCUAUUUUGAGGCGUGCGCUGUCAGGAACUCUUCCUGCCCUAUAUUUAGAUGCUGUCUGCAUGGCCGAGACCAGGACAAAGAGAGAUCUCUUUCCUCCACACACCCCGAGGCUGCCAUGGGGCUUGCAUGUGAGGGUCAUGGGGUCGAAAGGGAAUGUCUUCAAACUGAGGAGGAUGGGAAAGGCACCUUUUUCGGGGGUCAUUUGCUGCUCUCCCCCCCAUGUGGCCUCGGAUCCCCGAUGCACUGGAGAAAGAGAUGUCCUUGCCGGUUAAGUCCAAACGGUGGGUUGUGUCCAGUCACAGCAGACCCAUUGAAAUUAACUGGGCCCAAGUUUGUCGGGUCAGUGUCAAUGGAUCCACUGAGUGGGAUUCAGAUACCUGAUAUCUCCCCAUAUCUGCUCUGUGGGAGAGUCUAGAUAAGCACCACACACACACCACAGCAAAGUUCUGUUUUGGGAUUUUAUUAACGGUUUACUCAAAAUGGUUUCUAGAAUCUGACCCCCCUCCCCCAAAAGACAACCAUGUCUCUGCACAUCAGCCCAGAAACAUUUUUCCCUGUGCAAAAUCCUGUUCCUACCACCAUUCCUCCAUUGGGGCAAGUAGAUUUUUUUCUUUUUGAUUUGCAGAUAAUCUAACCAUACAGGUAUGUGGGAACAGAAAGUGCAAGUGUCUGCUUUGAAUGAAACGGGUGAAACGGCUGCGUGCUGACCGGGGGUCAGUCAGUCAUCAGUGUGUGCGCGCAGGGGAACUUCUCCUUCAAAAUUGGCCUAAUUGAUUCGGCCUUUUAAAGUUAUUAUUUGAGGUCAUCUUUAGAUGCCUUUACCAAUCUAAACAAAUCUGUAUCCUUAUGUGCGUGCCUCCCCCACCUCCUCCCCAGCACUCUGGCCUUCUUGUCCGCCUCCACAUAAAAAAAGGAACCUUUCCAAUCUACCCAUUGGACAGGCCUCCCCAUCUUCCUGUCCCUCAGCGUUGUUUUGCCCUCUGUGCCAAUGGGACAGCCUUGUUGGUUUUCUUUUUUUAAAAAACAUUUUGUCAAACCGUAGACCACAAACCCUUCCCUCUCCGAAGGCCCUUUGGGGAUGGAGACAAAGGCUUGUUGCAAGAAUGAUCAAAUCUCAACUUAUUAAGCUGAUAAGUUGCCUUCAAGCCCCUUGUGUGAACCCCCAUUAAACCAGCAAGUCUCUUAAUUCCCCACAGCCGUCUGUUUCUUCAAACUGGGAAAAGAUAGUAUACGUGCUCUCCGGGCUAUUAAAACCACAACUUGAAGUUUAAUGGUUUAAUAUCCCGGCUUGUUCCGAAAUGGAACAGUUUCUAGACCAGAGAGUUGUGGUUCAGAUAAAAUGUCGUUUGUGAAGGGCGCUGGAAACCGUAGCUCUGUGAGGCGCAAAAGAUUCUUUGUGGAGAAGCCAUGGACUGCCCCUAGGCAGCCUUUCUGGUUUGAUGGUUGCUCACUGUGUAAAGAGGCUCCAUGUGGGGAAAAGGCUUGUGUGUACCUUGGCUUCGUAAGCCAAUGUGAUUGUCCGGACAUAGCCAAGUUUUCAAUGCCAGAUUUCAGCGGUUGUGGGGUGCACGUGGUGGUGGGGGGCCUCCUACUUGUUCACUCAUUCUGACAGCUCUGUGCCUGGAAUCCACUGGUGUCAGAGUCAAAUCAUCAAAUUCUGACCAUCUUGGAUAAAGAGAUGCCUCCUAUCAAUCCACUUAGCUUGUGGCUAUCCCUGUUGGAUGGUGUGUGUGUGUGUGUGUGUGUAUUAUUUUCCCUGCCCCGUACACCCCCUCGAUGUUUAGUGAGGGUGGGUGGAGAAGAGAAAUUCUAUAUCCAAAUUUAUAUAAAUAUAUAUAUGAGUGUGUAUGUUUGUGCUUUUUUUUUAGCGUGGAUUAUUGUGUGUGCGUCCACAUCUCCAAGGAACGUGGUUUUCUUGUUUUUUACUUCUCUCAGUCCAAGCUUUGCAUAAGAGUUGGAUUGUGACUCAGGGGAAUCGAACCUGCUGUGGGGAUUUUGAUUGUAUUCUGGAGGGGGUGCAGGGAGGGCUGGGAUGGCGGGAGAAGGGUAUAUUAUAUUAAAUCAGAUUUGCUUGCUGUGGUCGUGACUUGAGCAGGCUGUGUGUGCGUGCAGUGGUGGGCGUGUUCAGAUGCUGGUUUGAAGGCUUUCAAAACCCCAUUUGGGUCCAUGCACCAGCUUUCAGCGUUCCCAGUAACAGGAUGGUGAAUCGCCAAGACUAGGUGACGAAUGCUUAACACUCAGAGGAGAUGAAGUGGCUAGCUUGGUAACUUAUUUUUGGGGGGGGGGGAGUUGUGCCAGUUAAUUGCACUUGCCUCUCAAGAAGAACGUUCCAGGUGCCACCACAUUUUUGGAAAGGGUACAUUGGCCCUUGGGGAGGUGGGAUGGUGGCCGAGAGGGAGGUGCAGCCUGUAGAAGACCCCAACCUCACCCUGGGAUUUCUGAUUUAUUUUGUGCUAAGGCCUUCCAAGAGUAAGAAAGGAUCCACCUUCUAGGGCUUACUGGAGCUCCUUUUGGGAGGGGCAAUCUCCCUCACUCUCCCAGCUGAAUAGCAGGUCCUCUUCUACCACAUUUGGGGUUUUUUGUUGUUGUUAAAAAACCCUUGUGGUUUUUCUUCAUGAAAGCAAGGAUUUCUGAGCAGCCCAACCCACAAUCAGAUACUGUCUUUGUUGGCUUAAUUUUAUUCUUCUUGCGAAGAGGAAAGGGAAUGGCUUUAGUUAGUAGUAAAGGGGCGUUUUUGUUGCAUUUAUACAAACACUGUGGUUUUCUUGGGGGGUGUCUGAUUUUUAUUUUUAUGGGGGGAAGAUAAGCUCAUCUCCCCCGCCUCUCUUUCUUUCUCUUUGCAUAUCGAUUUUAAAAUAAGAUGUAACUUCAGGAUUUUUCUUCUUCUUCUGGGGUUUUUUUGAAAGGAAAAAAGCAAAUUGAACACGGCAAGGAUAUGCAAUCUGUACAGCAUAUAUAUAGUUUUUUGACUCAGGUAAUAAAGAAAUAAAAAUCAAAAAAGAAACCACAUUCUACCUCUGAAAACAGCAGGGCUGCCUUCUGUCUUGGGGGGCAGGAAGGGGGGCUCUGGAUUUUUUUUGUUUUUCUUGUGUGUUUUUUUAAAGAAAAAUUCACUUUUUCAUAAAACAUUCAGGUAUUAGCCUAUGUGACUUAAAGAGAGAAAUAAAAAAACACGGAAAAGUUUACAUUUUAUAACAUUAUUAUUGCAGAUUGUAUUUAAACUUCAGAAAAUAUUUAAGAUGAUUGUAACCUUGUAAAGUUGAAGAAAUAUUAAAGAACAGGAAAAGGA